CUGCGUAGGUCACGCGCGUGAGAGACGCUCAAAGACGAGCACUCAGUCAACCAAGCAAAGUUUACUGUAAGUGGCGCACAGACGACAGAGCGCUGCUCAGACACUCACUGCCUAGUACAGCAUCGCAACAACCAGGACCGCCAGCUGAAUGAAUAGCAAGAGAUCAUUUUUAUUAGAUCCCGAAAGCGAAAGAAAGUCACGUCCACAUACGGUAUUUGCAUACUUAAGACAGGUCAUACAGACACAGAUCGUGCGGAGUGAUCAAGAGCUGCUAGACCUUCCCAGAUCUCCCUGCCCUCCGUGCCCAGCACCCAGGAACUAUGCUUCUCCCCUGGGCACUCUCCUUGUCCACCGUGUUCCUGGUCCCUGCCUGUGGAACUCCCCCAUGUGCAGUACAUAACGGAAUCAGUGACACCAACACAUUGUAUGCGGCCUCUGCAUUAGAGUCCUUGCGUUGCCUCAAUGACUACCGGUCCCACAUACGCUGCAGCUGGACAGAGAGCAUGCAGAUGCACUCGCAGGCCCCACUGUCACUCUACCACUGGAGCAACGUUGAUAGAGAGUCCCCGUGUCUGCCGUAUCGACACCCGGACCAGCUGCCGGACGGCCGCCUCACCGUGCAUUGCCGGUACAACACCACCUUUUUCGUCUGGGCGGCUAGAGAUGCCUUCUUUUUCAAGACACCCUGCCCCCCGGCCCUGACAAAAACGGUCUCCCCUCUUCAGCACGUGAGACUGGGACCGCCCCGCAACCUAUCGCAGCGAGCUGUGGAGGGAGGGGGCGCUGUUCUGAAGUGGCAGGACCCCCCGCACGCCACCCCCUCGCGCCAACGCUCCUCCCUCAGCUACCAAGUCGGCUACAGAAGGCGCGGCGGCCAGGACUGGACGGAAGUGGAGGUUUCAGAGUUGGAGUUAAGGUUCGAGGCUGGGUCUCUGGCGGCAGAUUGUGAAUACGAGGCCAAGGUGAGGGUCAGAGAAGAUAAAGGGCUCUGGAGCGAGUGGAGCCCCCUAGUGGAGUGGAAGACUGAGAAUGUACCUGGUCCUUCCAACCUGCAGUGUGUGUUUGACGGACAGAUGGAGGUGCACUGCAGCUGGGAGGUGAAGAGAGAACUGGCUGAGGUCUUCACCUACAGGCUGUCAUACCGCCUGAACCAGAGCUUACCUGCUCAGUGGUGCAGUAUGAGCUCUCCUCCCAAUGCUCAGCACUCCAGAGACCCAGUGCUGAGGUUCAGCUGUUCUUUCUCGGUGUCGGACCCAGAGCAGCAGCUUCAAGUGGAGCUCCUCCCCACAUACAACACCAAGGAGAUCCUGUCUCACAAACACGUUCAACCUUCUCCACCAGUUCUGGUGGAGGUGACAGAGAGGGGUCAGGACUGGGUGUUGAGCUGGACCCCCCCGGAAUCCUCUUAUCUCCUGUCCUUCUCCUACGAGCUGCGAUACUGGAGCACCAAAAAACAGGAGAGGAUGACGUAUCUCAACUUUACAGAGAGAGCCCGCUCUUUCGUCAUGCACAGGGGGUCCCUGCUCCCCUCCACACAUUACGCGGCUCAGGUUCGAGCCUGGGCCAUCCCCUCUUACACGGGCCCCCCUUCUGAGUGGACGCAGCAGAUAGAAUGGACCACUCACCCAGCUCCCUGGUCCAUCUCUACGCUCAUUUACAUCCCCAUUGCUGUGCUUGUGGGCAUAAUCUUCAUUAGCCUGUACUUCACCCUCCCAGCCUGUCGCAGGAGAAUAGUGCUGUGGAAGGUGUCUGUACCAACUCCCAUCAAGAGUAAAGUGCUUGAAGAAAUCAUGAAGAGAACCCCCAGCACCAAGCCGACGCUACAGAAAGAGAUAGAGAAAACCCUCAUCUGCAGUGUGCAAGUCCUGGGAAAAGUCAAUGAGUCCUGUUACUUAGAAGACUGCAGCCAGCCACAGGAGCUGGCCAAUGGCAACGGCCCGGGACCGUGCUGGGAAACAGCCCCCAAAACUGCACUGCUGGGCUCCCCUGGCCCCCCUGACUCCCCUCAAGAGGCCAGUCUGAGCUUCAGCGGGCCCUACAUCCUGUGUCCCGGCUGCUCCCUGCCUGAGGCCAGUGAAGCUGAGGGGCAGACCAGCCAGGGCCACUUCCUGUUUGACUCGCCCAUCCUCUCCCAGCUCCCACCGCCCUCCCUCUGCCAGUCCGUGGUGGGGUACGUGGGCAUCCCCGCGCCCGAGGACGACCUGUGCAAAGAUUUGGCCCCAGGGUCCUCCCAGGAACUUGGCCCGGUAUGGGACGGGUACGUGGCUGACCCCAACGAACUGAUGGGGGACCCCCGGCCAAAGUCGUCCCCGGGGUUCCCGGACUGUGACCCUCCAGCCUACACCCCCACUACUGUCCCGUUCCCGGGCGGUCCUGCAGAGUUCAAAGGCCGGGGCGCGGCGAACCCCCCCUCGGGCGUCCCGGGGUACCCUGCGGGGAAGCAGGGGUUGGGGUUGUCAGACAGGCGAUGUGACGUCACUGACUACGUCAGGCUGUCAGAGACAUUGUGAAAUGGAAAGCGGUCGGCGAUACACACUGGAUCAGGAGCAAUGUGAAAGGGAGAAAGAGGAUUAGGGAAGCCAGCAACUGACAAUAAGAGCUGAAAUAAUAGUUAAAUGCAGGCAGGUACAGUGCUCAGCAGCCGUAACAUAAAGUCCCUCCCCCAGCUGCACAGAAUAACCGCUGAGAGCUGUACAGCACUGCUCUAAUGCAGCUGCAUGCUGCUGUACAGCACUGCUCUAAUGCAGCUGCAUGGUGCUGUACAGCACUGCUCUACUGCAGCUGCAUGCUGCUGUACAGCACUGCUCUAAUGCAGCUGCAUGCUGCUGUACAGCACUGCUCUACUGCAGCUGCAUGCUGCUGUACAGCACUGCUCUAAUGCAGCUGCAUGCUGCUGUACAGCACUGCUCUACUGCAGCUGCAUGCUGCUGUACAGCACUGCUCUAAUGCAGCUGCAUGCUGCUGUACAGCACUGCUCUAAUGCAGCUGCAUGCUGCUGUACAGCACUGCUCUAAUGCAGCUGCAUGGUGCUGUACAGCACUGCUCUACUGCAGCUGCAUGCUGCUGUACAGCACUGCUCUACUGCAGCUGUGUGGUGCUGUACAGUACUGCUCUACUGCAGCUGUGUGGUGCUGUACAUAACGCACUCAGGGGCUGCUGGCCGAUCUGCACACACCGCUGCAGAGCAUCUUCAGAGGUCAUUAGCUGGAGCUUAUCCACAGUCCGUCGCUUACGGGACGCUCUGCACAGAGGGAGCUUCGCAGGGUGUCUGAAUCAGAGCAAUGUAGGGAGAGAGGGAGUAUGGGGAGGGAGAGAGAGAGAGGGAGAAGGAGAGACGUGGUAAGAAGGGUGAUUUAGUCCGUUUUCUCAGCAGAGCCCGAGCAGCGUAUGCAGUCUCUCCACAGCUGAGCUGUUUGUCAUAAUUACACAGCCAGGUUCUGCAUUCUGUCCUCGGAAGCUACCUUUCCCAUUCUUCCCCCAAAGUGAAUGUUAAUAUCACAAAAAUAGAUCUGGUACUUUUUUUUAUUUACAUACACAGCUGUAGUGCAUCUAAGUUAUUGGGUCUGUCAAGCUCUGUUCUGUAGGUGAGUGUAUGACGUGGACGUUUGCUGUUAGGGUCAUUUAUAUCACCCCACAUUCUGAAAAUGAACUCCUCUUUUACCUUGUUCUUCUGACAUCAUUCUUUUGUUUCCAAAUUUUCAUCUUACAUUGUCUUAUUUUCUUACCAAGGGAAUCAAAAUGUAUCUGUUUUUUCUAUCACUGUGUUGUAAAUAUUUCAAAGGCUCAGCAUAGGAAUGCAAAUAUAUAUUUUUAUUAAUUAUUUACAGUGGCUAUUCCAGGUCAGAAAAAUAUGUGGGGAUAGAAGGAAGAAGCAACGAAGAGCUGAUAGGUCUGGUGGGGGCCAGUAGGUGGUGCUGUUUCUCAAAAAUGUUUCACGAAGACUGGCUUUUGAUUGGCCUUCAACUGGGUUUUUCUUCAUUUUGAUGCCCCAAAUGUAGAGGUCUCCCACACCGCCGUCAAGCAGUGUAGCUGUGUAGCAAAGAGCAGUGCUAAUGUCAAAUGAGUGGGAUUUCAGUUUUCUGGAACAAGUGAAAUACAUUCUGUUUAUUCUAAGUGUGUGUGAAAUUGAUGCUGUUGAAAAUAAACUUUUUUUACUCAAUGAA